UCCCGAAAAGUCUCCGUAGUUUUUCUAUAUGCGGCCCGGGUCGCAGUAACGCCGCAAAAUCAAGAAAUUCGCCAUCUUUUUUUACCUGCAUGGGUUUAGGAAAAUCACCAAAAGUAUUUGAAAACCUAAAUAAUACAGUUUAAAAAAUGACGGACAUUGAAACACAAAUAAAGGAACUUCAAAACCUCAGAAAAGCAGAAAAUGGAAAUGACAAAGAAAAUAAUGACGAAGAGUCUACUGCGAAAGGAAUUGCUUUUGGCACAGCAGUUGAGGCUGAACUUUAUGGAAAUGGAGACAAAUACGCAGGUUAUGACAUGUCUAUUGCAACUAAUGAUCAAGAAGAUGAUGAGGAUGACUAUUCGGCAGCCUCUCUUGGAACCUCAAAACUAUCAUCAUUUACUGCGCCUCAAGCAGUGUUAAAUGAUUUGGCUAAAAAUGGUAGCAAUGUCGAUCCAUUUGCUGAUCACAAAAGACCAACUAUUGCAGACCGACAAAACGAGUAUCAACAAAGAAUGCGCAAUUUGCUUAUAUCACCUGCUCGAACUGAUCCAUUUGCUGAUGGUGGGAAAACACCUGAUCCAAAGUUAAGAUCAUACACAGAUGUUAUUAAAGAACAAAGAUUGAUAAAGGAACAGGCUGCUGUUGUGAAGAAAAUUCAAGAGAAAGCUAAAGCUGGGGAGCUUACUGUACAACCAGAAGUUAAAAAGAAAAGACGACGUUGGGAUCAAACAACAGGUGACGAAGUUCCAGCAAAGAAAAAGUGGGAUCAGGCUGAAACUCCUUCAAAUAGUAGAUGGGAUGAAACCCCAGGGAGAACCAAACCUACUGGAGCAGAAACACCUUCAUUUGUUGGAAAUGAAACACCUGGAACACUAAGAGGUGAAGAAACUCCUGGUCGCACUCCUGGAGCCACACCCAGUGCUAGGAUGUGGGAAGCCACCCCAAGUUACAUUCCAUCUGGAUCGGCAACACCUGGAGCUGCCACACCUGGUGGCACCACCCCAUCUGGCCAAAGUUCGCGCAGGAAGAGAUGGGAUGAAACUCCUGGUCGCGCAACUGAAACACCUGGUCGAACACCAGGUUGGGCAGAGACACCUAAAACAGAUAGAACUGGUGCUGAAACACCAGGCAUGACACCCACCCCUGGUGGAAAAAGGCGUUCACGUUGGGAUGAGACUCCUCAAGUGGGAUCUACUCCAAGUUCAGCUACUCCUAGUUCUGCAACACCAUUGGGCAUGGGAACACCUGCAGGGACACCAUCCAUGAUUACAGGUACUCCAGGUGUUACACCAGGAGGUACAGUCGCCAUGCAUAUGCAAACACCAACACCAGGUCACCUUAUAUCAAUGACUCCAGAGCAGAUGCAAGCCUAUCGCUGGGAAAAAGAAAUAGAUGAAAGAAACAGACCUAUGACAGAUGAUGAGCUAAAUGCUUUGAUGCCUUUUGAUGGAUACAAGGUAUUGCAACCUCCUGCUAACUAUCAACCAAUUCGUACUCCUGCUCGAAAGCUUGCUGCUACACCAACACCUCUUAAUAUGGGCACAGGCUUCCGUAUGCAAACUGAUGAACGUGGAAAUGUGAAAGGUGUUAUCGAGGAACAGCCACCUGGUAACUUACCAAGCUUAAAACCUGAUGACUACCAAUAUUUUGACAAACUCUUGGUUGAUGUGGACGAAACGAAACUCAGUGCUGAGGAACAGAGAGAACGAAAGAUUAUGAAAUUGCUUUUAAAAAUUAAAAAUGGUACCCCACCUAUGAGAAAGGCUGCCCUUAGACAAGUAACUGAUAAGGCAAGAGAAUUUGGAGCUGGGCCAUUAUUCAAUCAAAUUUUACCGCUACUCAUGUCACCGACUUUAGAAGAUCAGGAACGUCACUUGCUUGUUAAAGUUAUUGAUCGUAUUUUGUACAAGUUGGAUGAUCUUGUACGACCAUAUGUCCACAAGAUCUUGGUCGUUAUUGAGCCUCUGUUAAUUGAUGAAGAUUAUUAUGCACGUGUAGAAGGACGAGAAAUCAUUUCGAAUCUUGCCAAGGCUGCCGGUCUUGCUACUAUGAUUUCCACAAUGAGACCUGAUAUUGAUAACAUUGACGAGUAUGUUCGUAACACAACCGCUCGUGCUUUCGCCGUCGUUGCGUCUGCUCUUGGUAUACCUUCACUUCUGCCAUUUUUAAAGGCUGUUUGUAAGAGUAAAAAAUCUUGGCAAGCUCGUCAUACGGGUAUUAAAAUCGUGCAGCAGAUUGCCAUUCUGAUGGGAUGUGCUAUACUGCCGCAUCUGAGAAACUUGGUGGAAAUCAUUGAACACGGUUUGGUUGAUGAACAACAAAAAGUACGAACUAUCACAGCUUUGGCUAUUGCUGCCUUGGCUGAAGCCGCUACUCCAUAUGGUAUUGAAUCAUUUGACAGUGUGUUGAAACCUUUAUGGAAGGGUAUUAAACAACACAGAGGAAAGGGUUUAGCAGCGUUCUUGAAAGCUAUUGGUUACUUGAUUCCACUUAUGGAUGCUGAGUAUGCGUAUCAUUACACAAGAGAAGUGAUGAUUAUCCUGAUUCGUGAGUUUCAGUCUCCUGAUGAAGAAAUGAAAAAGAUUGUGUUAAAGGUGGUUAAACAAUGUUGUGCUACUGACGGUGUCGAAGCGAAUUACAUCAAAGAAGAAAUCCUUCCCGAGUUCUUUAAACAUUUCUGGACGCAUCGUAUGGCGUUAGAUAGACGUAACUACAGACAGCUCGUCGAUACUACAGUCGAAGUGGCGAAUAAAGUGGGCGCGGCGCAUAUCAUCGGUCGCGUUGUGGACGAUUUAAAAGACGAAAAUGAGCAGUACAGAAAGAUGGUGCUGGAAACCAUCGAAAAAGUAAUGGCUAACCUUGGCGCUUCGGAAGUUGAUUCUCGACUUGAGGAACAGUUGAUCGACGGCAUCUUGUAUGCGUUUCAAGAACAGACCAACGAGGAUGUUGUGAUGUUAAACGGAUUUGGCACUGUAAUCAAUGCGUUUGGUCCUCGUACAAAGCCAUACUUACCGCAGAUAUGUGGUACAAUUUUAUGGCGUCUAAAUAACAAGUCGGCAAAAGUUCGUCAACAGGCAGCAGAUUUAAUUGCAAGAAUUUCCUAUGUUAUGAAGACAUGUGGAGAGGAAAAACUUAUGGGUCAUCUUGGCGUAGUAUUGUAUGAGUAUCUCGGUGAAGAGUAUCCUGAAGUGUUAGGAAGUAUCCUUGGAGCGUUGAAGUCCAUCGUAAAUGUUAUUGGAAUGAAUAAAAUGACUCCUCCUAUCAAAGAUCUGUUACCUCGUUUGACACCAAUCUUGAAAAACAGACACGAGAAAGUACAAGAAAAUUGUAUUGAUCUUGUUGGAAGGAUCGCUGAUCGAGGUGCAGAACAUGUAAGCGCGCGUGAAUGGAUGAGAAUAUGUUUCGAGCUGUUGGAGUUAUUAAAAGCUCACAAGAAAGCUAUUCGUCGUGCCACUGUUAAUACGUUUGGUUAUAUUGCUAAAGCAAUCGGGCCACAGGAUGUCCUUGCAACCUUACUUAACAACCUCAAAGUACAAGAACGUCAAAAUCGUGUCUGUACAACGGUUGCCAUUGCUAUUGUGGCUGAAACAUGCUCGCCUUUCACAGUGCUGCCGGCUUUAAUGAACGAAUACAGAGUACCUGAACUGAACGUGCAAAACGGUGUGUUAAAGUCUCUCUCCUUUUUAUUUGAGUAUAUUGGAGAGAUGGGGAAAGAUUACAUUUACGCAGUCACGCCACUGUUAGAGGACGCGCUCAUGGAUCGGGACUUGGUGCAUCGUCAAACAGCCUGCGCAGCCAUCAAACACAUGGCGAUUGGAGUUUUUGGAUUUGACUGUGAAGACUCACUUACACAUCUUGUAAAUUACAUUUGGCCUAACAUAUUUGAGACGUCGCCUCACGUUAUUAAUGCUGUCAUCGAAGCUAUAGAAGGACUACGUGUUGGACUGGGUCCUCUUAAACUAAUACAAUACAUCCUACAGGGACUGUUUCAUCCAGCCCGAAAAGUGAGAGAUGUGUAUUGGAAGAUUUACAACGGACUUUAUAUAGCAUCCCAGGAUGCUUUAGUUGCCGGCUAUCCAUCAGUUCCAAACGAGAAGGAAAACACUUACCUACGAAACGAACUGCAUUAUUUUCUCUAACUGCGAACAAUCUAAAGUUUCAACCACAAACAAUCCGAACUGAAUAUCUGUUUUUUGUAAAUUUAGUGAAAAGAAAGUCUUUUACGUUA